AUGUCUGAAAUACUGCAAGAGAUCGCCGAUGUGCCCAAGGAAUUCUUCAAGGAUGGAACGCAGUUCAUCAACAGAUGUACAAAGCGUACGUUCUCCUCGCCCGCUCCUGAUCGAAAUGCCCUUUUGCAGUUAUCCCCCCCAACCGAACAGCAGCAGCAGUAUCAGCAAGGCCAGACGCAGAGCAGAGCGCAAGACCUUGCUGCUGUGAAUUUACCCUUUGACUCUUCAGCUGCGCAUCACCGUCCUUUUGGCAUCGGGCAUAUCCCCUCAAGCUUGUUCAAAACCGCAGAUUGCUAACUAUUUGUUUGAAUAAAUACAC